GCGAAAACAGUCAAAUUCGAUGAGCAAAUGGCCGCUCUUCGAGACGCUUUUGCGAAAUACGGGCCAAUAUUCAAGAAGACAGUUAUGGGAAGAACGAUAGUCUUCUUUGGGAACCCAAGCGAUGUAGAGGCCGUCUUCAAGGGAGAUGGAAGAUUUCCCGUACGAUCUGAUGAUCUUUUUAAACCCCAGAGGGAAUACAUGAACAGCAGGAAACUACCGGAGGGUUUGGCGAGCUUAACGGAUGGCGAGAAGUGGAGCCGAUUACGAAAGGCUUUAGCGUCCAAGAUGCUACGACCUAAGGACAUACGCGAGAAUCUGGACAACUUUAAUAGCGUUGCAAGAGAUGCUAUAGAGCGCAUGGUGGCAAUCCGAGGAGAGGAUGACGUCAUUCCAAAUCUUGAAGGAGAACUAGCGAAGUAUGCUACCGAAUCUGUGGGAACAAUGGCGUUUGAUCUAAGGGUUGGAUUGUAUGAGGAUCCACCCAACCAGGAUAUAAUCAAGGUCAUUCAAGCUACUUUUGACGGUUUCAAAUACCUUGGAUAUUUGAAUAGAGGAUGGGAAAGCCAACUUUACAGAUUCGUGACAACGCCGUCCUACAGAAAAUUCUGUAAAACGCAAGACACCUUGUUUAGCAUUGGUCAAAAGAUUGUGGACAAGAAGGUUGCUGAUUUGAAAAAAUUCACAGAAGAGGGUGACGAAUUUGUUGAGAAUCAAGCUGUACCUCUGUUGACGUACCUCAUCCUAAAAGGAGAACUCACACCACAGGAGAUUAACGUCAAUUCCAUUUUUAUGUUUAGAGCAGGAGUGGAAACGACAUCCACAAGUUUGCUAUUUCUUCUUUACGAUUUGGCGCGUUAUCCUGCGGUGCAAGAGAAAGUGUAUGAAGAAGUUACCUCCCUGAUUGGGCCCCAUGGAGACUUCACCCCGGACACCUUUGCAAAAUUGGAUUAUCUAAAGGCUUGUGUCAAGGAAAGUAUGAGGUUGCAUCCAGCAAUCCGUUGGGAACGCCGCCUGACCCAAGAUGUCGUGCUGUCCGGUUACAAGGUUCCGUCAGGGGUGAGUGCUCCAGCCGAUGGUUUGCUCAAUUGGGCAUGAUUCGCCUAAAAAUUAUCGUAGACAAACUGGACGAAUUCGUCCAACUCCAGGAACAAGAUUAUGCGAACUCCGAUUAGCUUGGCCCCCGAUUAGGGAAAUUGUCACAGCAAAAUAUGGUAAACAGUUACUUUGACAGAUCUGCCAUUUUUGGUGAUAAUUUUGCCUGUUAAGAAACCAUUCCAUUGAUAACUGCCUCAGUGAGUCAAUAGCUUGCUUGUGAGCAUUGCUCGGGUCCUUCAAAUUUAACGCUAAAACAUGUGCCCUUAAUCAAUAUGAAGCCUUGGUAAGCUUUGACACACCUUGCCAAGUACGUCGGCUAUUCCAUUCAAUGCAUACGCAAAUCUGCUAAGCGUUUGGAAGGUUUCUUUCAUAUGACAACUGAAAAGGACUUGCAGCUUCCAGAGCCCAGAGGAGUUUCAUGGCUUGCUAAUCGUACCAUGCCUUGCAAUGUGUUCAGGGUUGAUAUUUUUGGAGCCCCAUCACCAACUGUAUGCGUUCAUGUUAAUGAAACAAAUGUUGUAAGCAGAGAUUCCCCGCUGAUAAAAAAGAAAAUCAUAGUUGCUCGCGGGAUGUUACAUGGAAUGCUUCCACAAACCAUUGAAUAACUUACUAGCAUCUAUCGACUUCAA